UUAGGAAUUGAAGCUAUUGAUCCUUUUGAAUUACCGUUAAUAAAUACAGUGCUUUUAUUGGCUUCAGGGUUUACUGUUACAUAUGCACAUCAUUAUUUAAUUAACGGAAAAAGAGCUAAAGCUUUAAAUGGUUUAGCAUAUACUAUUAUAUUAGCAACUAUAUUCACAGCACUACAAGGUGUUGAAUAUUCAGUAUCAUCAUUCACUAUUUCAGAUGGAGCUUUUGGAUCAUGUUUCUACUUUGGAACAGGGUUAAUUAUAGCCCCUACUAAAAAUAGUAUAUAUAUAAAAAAAGGUAUAUCUUAUUCAAAUAAAUCUAACAAAAUGGAUCCUAAUUGA